ACUCUUUUCACAAUCUUGCCUCAUUGUAAACCCUUAUACAUAUCAAAUUUUUCUAAUACAUCACAGGCACACACAGGCCAGCAAUCUCAUUACACUACUAGUCCAUUGUCGCUUAUCUUUCUUUCAGGGAAUUUUAUUCUCUGUUAAUGGACUGUAACUUUAGCCUAUCUGCGCUCCCAAAUCUCUCUCUCCAAUUUUUACCAUCCACGGUAAAAUCUCGUUAUUUACCCUCAGUUUUCCCUCCCUCUUUCACCGUCAACUUCGCCGACCGGAGCCUAACUAGUUCGACUGGUUUCUUUCGCCGGGAAGUACGAUCGCGGCUGGUCGUGGUUGCCAAAGCAGGCUCUAGCCACUGUGAGCCCAGCAGCAGUAGCUUGAACACGCCUCUUGAGCCUCGGUCGGCUGCUGGGAAGUUUUUGACCAGUGUGUUUCAGAAUCAGAGACAGUUGUUUCAUGUUGCGGUCGCUGAUGAGUUGAAGUUGCUGGCUGAUGAUAGAGAUGGUGCUGUUUCUCGCAUGUUUCUUAGCUCUGGCUCCGAUGAAGCCUUCCUUCACAGGAGAAUUGCUCAACUGAAAGUAAAUGAGUGCCAAAUUGCUGUUGAAGAUGUCAUGUACAUGUUAAUAUUUUUCAAAUUCUCUGAGAUCAGAGUUCCUUUGGUUCCAAAACUCUCUAGGUGCAUUUAUAAUGGCAGACUAGAGAUAUGGCCUCCGAAGGACUGGGAGCUAGAGUCCAUUCAUACCUUCGAGGUUCUAGAGAUGAUACGGGAACAUGUCUGCACAGUAAUUGGAUUGAGAGCAAAUUCUAGUGUCACAGACAGUUGGGCAACGACUGAGAUCCAACUACUCCAGCUUGGUCGAGUGUAUGCAGCCUCAGUCUUAUAUGGUUACUUCUUGAAGUCUGCCUCCUUGAGGCACUAUCUGGAACAUUGUCUAGCUGUGCCCCAUCAUGACCCUCAUGUUAGUUGUCGGUCAAUGCUUCAGUUCCCUGACUCAUUAUCUCAUGGACUAUCAAAUCUUGUCCUUGGUCACGAAAGCAACAAGCAAUCUGUCUCAUCAGGCCAGAGGUCAAGUAAGCAGGACUGGGAAUGUGAAAAAUUGAAGCGCUAUGUGAUGGGUUUUGAUGCUGAGACGCUACGAAAAUGUGCAAAACUGAAAUCUAAAGAGGCUGUGAAUUUAAUAGAGAAGCAUAGUUGUGCACUUUUUGGGGAUGACAAGAAUGGUUUGCUGAAGAAUGAUGAUGUUAUUUUGACAUCUUUUUCGAGCAUGAGGAGAUUGGUUUUGGAGGCAGUUGCUUUUGGUUCUUUCCUAUGGGACACUGAAGAGUAUGUCAACACUAUAUUCAAGCUAAAUGAGAACCAUUAGGAGAGACAGAGUGAGAGGUUGUCGAAGGCGAAACUAUUGGCAAACGAGUUUCACUCUCUGUACGUUCAUACCGUAAAUAAUGUACAGCCUGCAAGCUGUUCUCUGUAUUUAUGUUUAUACAUGAAGUUUUGAUCUUAGUUUCAAGUGUUAAAUUACAGAAUCAAAUAUCAUGAUUAGUAAUCUGUAUAUUACAAUUUUUUUCUUUUGCUGCUGUAAGAGUGUUAUUUCUUG